AUGGAUGAAUUCAACAUGACUGAUUUGGGGAAGAUGAGAUAUUUUCUUGGCAUUGAAGUGAUGCAGAAUGCUGAUGGCAUCUUUAUAUGUCAAAGAAAAUAUGUUGUUGAGUUGAUCGAGAGGUUUGGGAUGCAAAAUUACAACUCUGUUUGCAAUCCAAUAGUCCCUGGACAGCAGGUUGGUCGAGAUGAAGCUGGUGUGAAGGUCGAUUCAACGCUAUAUAAGAAAAUGGUGGGCAGCUUAAUGUAUCUCAUAGCCACACGACCUGACUUGAUGUUUGUGGUAAGUCUUAUUAGUCGUUUUAUGGCAAAUCCUACCGAGUUGCACUUUACUACUGCAAAAAGAAUCAUGAGGUACUUGAAGGGGAACUCUGGAAUUUGGGAUAUGAUAUCAACGUGA